GCGCCCCGGGCAUGGCGGCGGCGGAGCCCGGGAUGAAGCAGUUCAAUGGCGGCGCUGGCGCUGCGCCGGACGCGGAGCGCGGCCGCUUCCCGCACUGCGUGGUGUGGACCCCGAUCCCCGUCCUGACGUGGCUGUUCCCCAUCAUUGGCCACAUGGGCAUCUGCACCUCGGCUGGCGUCAUCCGCGACUUUGCGGGGCCCUACUUUGUGUCCGAAGACAACAUGGCAUUUGGGAAACCUGUGAAGUACUGGAAACUGGAUCCCAGCAAAGUCUAUGCCACUGGUCCCAACGCCUGGGACACGGCCGUGCAUGACGCGUCCGAGGAGUACAAGCACCGCAUGCACAACCUUUGCUGUGACAACUGCCAUUCCCACGUGGCUCUGGCCUUAAACUUGAUGAGAUACGAUAACAGCACCUCCUGGAACAUGGUGAAACUGUGCUUCUUUACACUCCUCUAUGGGAAAUAUGUCAGCAUAGGGGGGUUUGUGAAGACCUGGCUGCCCUUUGUCCUCUUCCUGGGGGUGAUUGUGACCAUGGUUCUCACCCUCCACCUGCGGUGAUGGCAGCCCUGACCCCCCAGUGCCUGAGCACACAAAGGAAGAAACUGUGACUGAUCCAGCAGGAUGGAGGCGAGGGACUCUGGGAGCCUUUUCCAGGGAAGGUGGCAGCCCCACUCCAUCGUGACAGCUCAUCUUCGUCUCCUGGAGCUGGCUUCUUUUCCUCCUGUUUCUGUUCUGUCGAUGGUCUCUCCCAGUGUCAGGGGUCUGGAAGCUUCUGCCCUCUCCCUUUCUGCAGUUGGGGAGGUGGGAAUGGGAUCAGGAAAGGAGAGGGAUGGGCACCUUUGCUUUCAGUGCCAAGAAAAGCCUCAAGGCAAACUCUGCCUCCUGCAGUGGCACAGGCAGAUACACCUUGGGAGGGUCUCUCUGAUCACCUGCUUUCCUCUUCACCAGAUGCUUCCUCAGAUUCCCUGGGUCUCCAGUUAGGAGUCGCUGUUUUCCCUGUGGCACAUUUCUCCAGCAGCACACAUUCCAAAGGGGAAGUGUGGGGGUCUUCCUGGGAGGGUGGGGUGCCCCAGUGCUCAGCGAUGGCCCCCCCCGCAGCGGCAGGAGGCUGUUGAGGUGGGACACUCCUGAGGGACGCUCUGUGGCUGGGCCGGCUCCCCUGGUCCUGCUGGUGAGCCUGGAAAUGCAGGAAAGCUGAAGGGCUGCCUUGGGAGUGGCUCAUGGCAGGGUGCACCCUUCAGGAGCCUGCUGCAGCUUUGGGAGGCAGCCCCUGGUCCCUUUUAGCUUGUGCCAGAGAAAAUAUCACUUCCUGCUUCUCCCUGGGCUCUCUGUUGCUAAAUCUGCAAUCCUCACAAGCCACUUGUUUCCCUUUGAUCCCCAUGCUCCCAGCAGGCAGCAGCUGGGACAGAGAGCCUGAGCCUGGGGCUGGAAAACCUCUGUGGAGCAGCACCUGAGCCUAGAGCUGGAGAGAGGAGGUGAAGGCACUGGAAGUUGCCUGUCUGGCUGGGCUUUGCAGCAGCAAACUGGGGCAGUGGCUUUCUCCUGGCUGGUCCUGAGUGGUAACUGAGGAAUGGUUUAGGGAGCUUUGGGGAGCACACCUGGGCACAGGUACUGUGCAGGGAUUGGUGUGAGGAGCACAGCUCGGGCAGGAUGGGCCAUGGGGCGGGGGGGGUUGUCCCUGAGUUCCAGGCAGGAAGGGAGUUUGGAUGUGACCUGGAACCCCUUCUUUGUAGAAGAACCUGAAUCUGCUCUGCAGGUGCUGAUUUUGGAGGGCUCUGAGCCAGGGGAAUUUGAAACCCCAGCCUGGCUGAAGGGUCAUGUGCAGCUGAGCAGGUCCCUGCUGACUGCAGAGGGGGGAGAAGAGCUUUUCCACUCACACCUUUACUCCAGUACCUGAUGGAUUCCAAGGAAUCCAUUUCAAGGAGUGCUUGUGGCCAGCAGGAAAGCUUUUCUGGGGUCCCUCUGACUGCAGAGCCCACUCACUGUCAGCCCACUAGUUUUCAGGCCCCUCCCCACGUGCCUCUGCCACUUCCCCGACUCCUCCAGCCACGUGGGAGGCUUGGACCCUCCUCUUGAGCUCGUUUGUGUGUUUCCCCCUUUUCCUCAGUCACUUUUAAAUCGCCCCUUACACCUCCUGGUCACUGUUGUCCCUCUGUCAGCCGGUGGUGGUCUUCCCCGUCAGCCUGGAGCUGAAGCAUUGCUCUGUGCAGUCCCUCCCUUCCUGUGUGGAGAGCCUGGGAUGGAGGCUGCUGGGGCUGCUGGGCCGCCGAAAUCCCAAUCAGAGAGAGCCUGGAUGAAAGGACGGAGUGUUCCGAGCUCUGUUCUCCGCCCAGGAGCCGUUGCCCAGUGUGCCCAUGGCGAGGCAGCCAGCUGGGAGAGGGGAAUGCUUUCCCUGGUUGUUGAGUUCAGUGUGAUUCCUUGGAGUGCCGGCCCCGGGGCUGGAUCCACCCUCAGCAAUAACCUCGAGCCCCUCCGCCCAUCGCAGCCAUGUUUUAGCCACGAGCUCUGCAAGAAUUGCCAAAGCUGAGACUUGGGGGUGUCAGGGGGCCCCUGGACUUCCAAAACCCCACUGUGAAAUUCCCUCUCGUUUGCUCCUGAUGCUUUUUACCAGAGCGGAGUUUGCAAUGGCGAGGGCGAGCCCCCAUCCCUCAUCCUUUGUUCCCUUCAUCUCUGCGGGGCGCUGGAUUUCUUUGUAAAUAUUUAAACUGCUUCUGUGGUUUCAUAAUCCCGAUGGCAGGGAAAUAAACUGAUUUCUGUGGA